AUUGUACGUGCACGAGCUACCCUGUUUGUUUGUGUAGCGAGAGGUUGAAAAUGGCGAAGAGGAGAGACCAACGCGACAAUUUAAGAUUCAAAUAUUAGCAAAUCGUGAAUGACAAUUUCCAAACAAACGCAAAUUGUAUUUCAAAAUAACUUUAUUUUUUAAGCGGAGACGAGGAGUAUCCGAACACCGCUAACUGGUUUUGAAACUGGCUUUAAAUUAGUUAGCAUUGCUAAUCUCGCUGGCUUCAAUCGUGUGAUUUUUUUUUUAUCUCAACCUUGUUUGUCAACAUUAGCGAACGGCGAACUUUUCCUUGACUAGUGACUGUAACUACGCUGCUAGAUCACAUUAUCAAUAACCCGCGGAAGAGAUUGAUUAACGGAACGGCGGAUCUGAAAAUCAAACCAGCCGGACUAGCUUACAGGCUUGUUGGCUAGCUCAUGGCUGACAAAUAUUUACAUCUCAAUUAGCUAGCCCGAGCUUAAUGCAUGGAAAUGCGGAUCAAACUUCCCUCAAUCCCUGUAGCUAAAUAAAGAUUGCAUUGAAAUCGGAUACAUAAUACAUAAAACAGUCUGAGAAACAGGAGGUCCAGCUCGCUUCCUCCUCCCCGUGUGGGAUGGUACUGCAUGACGGGGAGGCCGUGGCGCCGUAGCCCCCUCUCCUGGAUCCAGCCAGCCAGCCCGUUUCGCCACCCCACUCAGAGCCGAGGAUCACAGCCACAGCAGCCCCCACAUGAGUCCCCCUCUAGACCGCUAGAUGAAAAUGAGUGCUGUGGGGGAAAGUGCCCUGGACCCUGCCACACCUGAGUUCCGCAAGAGGAAAGGCUCACCAUGCGACACCUCAGGGCAGAGUGUGGAGAAGCGGCGGCGGGAGUUGGAGUGCCGUUACAUAGACGAGCUGGCCGAUCUCCUCUCCGCCAACAUGGGUGACAUCGCCAGCCUCAACGUCAAGCCGGACAAGUGCCACAUCCUGAAAAGCACCGUGGACCAGAUCCAGCAGAUCAAACGCCGCGAGCAGGAGAAAGCGGCGCUAAUGUCGGCGGAUGACGAGGUCCAGAAGAGCGACAUCUCGUCCAGUAGUCAGGGUAUGGUGGAGAAAGAGGCCCUGGGCCCACUGCUGCUGGAAGCCCUGGACGGCUUCUUUUUUGUGGUGAACCGUGAGGGCCGGAUCGUGUUUGUGUCUGAGAAUGUGACGGGUUACCUAGGUUACGCCCAGGAAGAGCUAAUGACCUCCAGCGUGUACAACAUCCUCCACGUGGGUGACCACAACGAGUUCGUCCGCAACCUUCUGCCCAAGAGCCUCGUGAACGGCGUGCCGUGGCCCCAGGAGCAGGGCCGCAGGAACAGUCACACGUUUAACUGCCGAAUGCUGAAGAGGCCUCCUGACGAGGUGGACACGGAGAACCAGGAGGCGCGACAGCAGUAUGACGUCAUGCAGUGUUUCACCGUUUCCCAGCCCAAAGCCAUGCAGGACGAGGGAGACGACCUGCAGAGCUGCCUGAUCUGCAUAGCCUGCCGGAUGCCCCGCCCCCCACAGGUCCCCGUCAGCACUGAGUCGUUCAUCACCAAACAGGACCCCACAGGUAAGAUCAUCUCCAUUGAGACCAGUGCUCUGCGGGCGACAGGACGGCCGGGCUGGGAGGACCUGGUCAGGAAGUGCAUCUACGCCUUCUUCCAGCCCCAGGGCAAAGAACCCUCCCACGCCAAGAAGCUGCUUCAGGAGGUGAUGACCCACGGCACGGCCAUCAGUCCUCUUUACCGGUUCACCCUGAGUGACGGGACCCCGCUCAGCGCUCAGACACGCUGCAAGUUCUGCUGCCCCCCGAACCCCGACGUUCAGCCCUUCAUCAUGGGCAUUCACACUAUCGACAGGGAACACAACACUGCUAGCUCUCAGGAAAACACUAACUCCAGCCUUCUACUGACCCAUAGGAGCCCUGCUCCCUCCCGCUCCCCUGCCCUCCCCCCGGGCAGUGAGGCCAGCCAAGCCCCGGGCCCCACCUCAGGCCUCCUUCUCAACAACAGCUCCGGCCCCCCCGCUCCCGCCCCACCCACCAGCCAUUCAUCAGGGUACCCGGCGCCCAACCGGAUGUGUCCUCAGCAGGUCAACUGCCCCUCGCCCCUGGGCAGCCCCCUCACAGCCGCCCCUACCUCAUUCAUGUCGCCCAGGCCCUCCAGGGGCAGUCCGGGGCUGGGCGGCAGCCCUCGCGUACCAGGGAACCCUUUCUCCCCUUCCACCCCUGGCCUCCACUCCCCGGCAGGAGCCCUGGGAGUGGGAGGCUGUGGCUCGGGCGCUGUCAUCCUCAGCCGGCAGCACUCUGGUGGGGAAGGCGGAGCAGGGACCCCCCUUGGUUUUUCCCUGCCCUGCACGCCCACCAGCUCCCCAGCACGCCCGCCUCCCGCCAAGCCCCCUGAGGGAGUGGGAGGAGGUGGGGGAGGAGGGGACCUGACUAAAGGACAACAGGGGGGUAGCCUCAAACGCAACCAGCUCCUGGAGAGUGGUGGCGUGGUGACGCCUGGUGACGCCGCCUGCGCCUCUCCCCGUCCCGCCCCCCACCCCGCCACACCCACCUCCACCCCUCAGUGCCCGGCGUCCCACAGCACGCUGACCGAGCGCCACAAGAUCCUCCACCGCCUCCUGCAGGACAGUAGCCCGGCAGAAGGUGGUGACGGCAAGGAGCCCGAGAUCAAGAAGGAGCCCCCCGCCAGCCCGGCCACGGCCAAACCCGCCGGACCCCCCGCCACGCCCCAGGACCAUCAGCUGCUGCGCUUCCUCCUGGACACGGACGAGAAGGAUCUGGGAGACCUGCCUCCCCCAGCCGCUUUAAGCCUGCAGACAGUCCGGGUCAAGACCGAGAAGAGGACGGGCGGGGACAGCGCCCCCUAUGCUGGGGCCUGCGCCACCCCCAGCCCUAAGCCCAAACCCAGCCCUGCAGACAACAGGCCACCCAGAGACCCGUUCCUCAGUGGACAUGCUGACCUGGAUCCUCUCAGCCAGCUGCUGCCCACCCUCAGGGGCCCCGCUGGGGCCAAGCAGGGCAGCGAGGAGCAGGAUGGCCCCCAGGCCCUGUUGUCCCAUAGCCAGACACAACCUCAAACUCGGCUCCAGUCGCCCCCACAGCCUCAACCCCAACUCCAGUCACCUAUUCAACUCCAACCGCAGAACCAUCUUCAGACCUCUACCUUACUCCAGCCCAGUGAGGCCAACAUUCCCAGAGCAGUGAGCGUGAAGAGGGAGCCUCCCGGAACACCAAGCCGAGGGCUGACUGAUAGCUCCAACCUGCAGAACCAGUCACACUUCUGUAGUCCCACCACCCCCAGCCAGGGACAAGGGGAUCCCUUCCAGACACCCAAAGACAGUAGCAGCCCCUUCUCAGAGCUUGGACUCAUGAACUCGUUCAACUCCAGCACUGGGUUAUCUAAGAUGGAGACAGACUCUCAGCAUUUCCAGCCCCUGGCCCUGACUGAGUCUCUGUCCUUUGAUGGAGACAUGGGAAACGCUGUGCCAGCCCCUCUGGCCUCGCCUCAGGAGCAGUGUGUCCCGUGCCCACUGGAUGAGCUGCUGUGCCCUCCCACCACGCCGGAGGGUCGGAAUGACGAGAAGGCCCUGUUGGACCAGCUGGUUUCCUUCCUGAGUGGCACGGAUGAGAGCGAGCUGGCCGAGCUGGACAGAGCCCUGGGCAUCGACAAGCUGGUGCAGGGCGGUUGCUUCGACCCCGUACCUCACCGGUUCCCCUGCCAGCCCCCUUCCCCCAUCUCCACGGACCCCAAGCCUCCUGGCUACCCCUCUCAGUUCACCUCAGGCCCUCCGGCCCAGUUCCCUCCAGAGGUGGCAGGGUGUCAGGGUAUGGGGGGCUUCGGGGUGCCCAGGGGUGCCUUCCCCGGGGGCAUGGGCAUGACACUGAGGCCCAGCAUGGGCAGAGCACCUGGCCCGGCCAACCAGAUCCGGCUGCCACCCAACCAGCUGAGGUUACAGCUGCAGCAGAGGCUGCAGGGUCCACAGCAGCUCCAGAACAGGCUGGCUGCCAUGAGCCAGUUCCCAGGAGGAGCACACGUUGCCAUGGGAAUGCGUCAGGGAGUGCAGCAACCUCAGAUGUCCUCUCAGCCCCCUUUGAACGCCCAAAUGCUGGCCCAGAGACAGCGGGAGCUUUACAGCUUCCAGCACCGCCAGAGGCAGAUCCUGCAGCAGAAGGUCAUGAUGAUGCGACAGGGCAUUGGGGUCCGAGGGCCUAUGGGGGCCACCAGAGGACAAAAAGGGCCGCAGCAGCAGCAGCCGCCGCCACCGCAGCAACAACAGCAGUUUGUUUACUCGCCAGGCUUCAGCCCCAUGCCAGGAAACCCACCCAGUUCCCCUAGUCACUUCAAUCCCAUGGGAGUGUCCCUGGACCCCAAGCUGUCGGGUCGGGCCCCUAUGGCCAGCCAGGCAGCCAUGAUGGGGGGCAUGCAGGGGCAGUUUGGGCCAGCGGUGAACUCGGCAGUCCAGCCUGGGCUCUUCCAGCAGUUUGGAGGACCAGCCAUGGUUCAGCAAGGAACUGAGCUCAGCCCCACCAGCCCACUGCUGUCUCCUCAGAACUCCACCUCCCAGAGUCCUCUGCUCCAGCAGGCCCAGCCUCCUGGGUACCAGUCACCUGACAUGAAGAGCUGGCAGCAAGCUGGCAUGGGCAGCAACAGCUUGUUCAGCCAGUCUGGUCAGACCACGCCCCAGGCCUUUGGCCAGCAGGGAGUCUACAACAACAUGAGCAUCACUGUGUCCAUGGCAGGAGGCUCAGGGGGCGUGGCCUCGCUAACUCCCAUGGGACCAUCCGUCGGCAUUGGCAACAGUAACCUUGGCAACAUGAACUCUGUGUGUAAUGAUCAGGUCCAGCAGGUUCAAGUGUUUGCCGAUGUCCAGUGUACGGUGAACCUGGUGGGCAGCGACUCUUACCUAAACCAGUCGGGGUCCAUGGUCCCACAGAAGGGCACCCCGGGGCCUCAGAGCACCCAGUCCCAGCAGAAGAGCCUUCUCCAGCAGCUCCUUACAGAGUGACUCCAACUCAACCCGGGGAAAGAUGCUCCACAGACCACCAACCUCUUCUCUUUCUCACCUUUGGUUUUAGACAGCUACCUGUUGGACUGGUUCAGAGGGUCCGGGGGGGGGUGGGGAUGUGGGGGUUGAAGCCCAGGAACCAGCGUGUUCCCAGAGUGUUUCUGGUCUUGUAUUAAACCGGAAAGCAGCAGUGAUCCUGGUUACCUACUUUCAACACAGUCUGCUUCCUGUUCUGAGAAUGGAAUCAGGCUCCUGAUUUGCCAAGUAGUUGUGCUCAUCAAAACAAAGCCUGGUUCCUCAUUGGCCCGUUGCAGCAGUGCGUUUUGGGAGCAGGAGCAGCGUACAGCUGAGCUCAGCUUUGGGUGGUUAAUCAGUCGCCUUUGGCCCUUAUUGUAGGGUUGGUCAGACGAUGUCGCAGGGACAACUUUUGGGAAUGUUCGGUUUUUAACUUCUGCAGUGGGAAGCUCAGUUUCAGCUGGAUCUGUCACUGACUUGCUCUCUCCACUGCAAUGCCUGAUGGGAGAAAGUUCCCAGCUCUCGUUUUUUUGUUUCUGUUUGUCUCUGUUCUUGUCGUCUGCGUCGCCAGGACAACAAGCAUCAUGGCCAGGAUGGGAUAGGAGACUGCUCUGCUCAGUUGCCAACACUGUCUUUCCUGGGAGGACAUUUUCAAACUACCAGACUGUUAAACUGUCUGUCCCACACUUUUGUCUCCCCUGCCGCUGUGAAUAUGAGCCACAUUGGGUUCUCCUUGUCCUAUCAGUGUUGUUUGUCAUGUGGAACGGUGCAGGUGGGGUAGUAUUGUGCAGCAUAGACGGACAAAGAUUGGGAUGAGUUCACACUUUCUACUUUCCUUUCAAAAGCAACUGUCAUUUUGAGCUCAAACUAUACAUUGUGAUUCAAUGCAGGUUUUUUAUAAUUUUUUAUUUGCGAGUAAUAUGUCGGUUAUUAUAAUUUUUUUAAAGGUGAUGUUUAGCAUCAUUAAAAUGUAACACUGCUAAAUGUUGUUGAGGCGGGGAAAAUGUCUGUGUUUUCUGUAAUGUGAAAAAAGAAAGCAUAAGAAUUUGAACAAUUGAUUUAGAAGUGGCUAGCUCUGCUCUUGUGGCAUCCCACUGAAUGUGGCAUCCCUUAAAUUAAACUCCAAACAAACAAGAGUGGUUUAUUAACAUUACGCAAUGACAUUAAUUGGUUGUAACUUUAUACUGUAGAAUGUCCUUACCAAGAACUGAUAAAAGUGUAACGGGGUGUUUGUCUUGGAAACACCGUUCUCUCUCUCCCCACCAACUCUGCCCGCGAGGAUGCCAUGUCACUCCACUGGCCGCGCACUACAGCUCUUAUUGACUGCUCAUGUGACUACUGUUGCCCAGUCAGACACUGUCUAUCAGCCCUGACCUCUGUCCAUAUUGACUAUACACAUUCAUUCACAUAGAAUGUGCUGCCAACAAACACCACGCUUUUAUGGGGGUACACGAGAACCUAUUAACAAGCAAUAAACCGUAAAAUGAAGAAACAACGGCGAAGUACAGAAAGAUUUGGUUUCCCCCGGCUUGAUCCCAGGUAUGUGUAUUUUUGAAUAACAGAAGGCUUUCUAAAGGAUAACUGGUUCGGCCCAACUAGAUGUCUCACUGUGUAUACAAGAUAUUUCACAAAGUGUGCAACAUUACCGAGCACAGCUGAUUACCCAGGAGGGUUAGGGAGGAUCAGUUAAAAUAGCAUGCGUGAUCUCCCAUCCUCCUCCUGAGGCCUCUACCAAGGCCUCACUCCUACAAUGUUCUAUGAUUUGUGAAUCACUUUGUGUACAGUUUCAAUGGCGUCUGUGUGCGUGUGCUUUGUAUCCAAACAGUGGCUCAGGUGUCCUCACCCUGCGACUCAGACUCGUGCUGAAUGUGGCAUCACUUUGUGUGUUGUGGAUUCCAGUUAACAAGCAGAGCUGGCAUCAGUUUCUAUUCGGAGGUAUUUACAGAAAAGCGUCGUUUGUGAAGACCUUUGUUUCACAAAACCAAUUGUUCCUGUGUAUUUUAAGACAACUUAACAUUUUGCUUUACUUUUGACCUUAAUGCAUAUAAUUCAAAACAAUAUAUGUAUGAUUAAUAUAUUAUCCGUUUUUGUUUUCAUUUCUUCUGUUUUUGUUUUCUUUCAAAGGGGUGUGUGUAAUUAGUUAGUACUUACCGAUCGAUCGAAAGAUGACCGAACUAACUAAGUCUCUUUGGAUGAGAGUGUCUGCUAAAUGACUAACAUGUAAUAUAAACAUUAAGGUUGAAUCUGUUCCUGAGCCACUGUUUGGUUUAUGUAAAUAAAUAUACACAUUACAACACACACAAAAUGAACAGAAUGUAUGUGGAAGGAUUACUUUUGUUUUCAGUAUACAGUACAUUUGUAUUAUAUUGGGUACCAGCUAAUGGUUUCACACUCAAAGAAGUGUUACGAAGGAUCAUUUCUUCGUUUGAUGGACGUCUUUACACACUCUCAAGCCUCAAGUCCUCAUUGAGGAACAGGCAGGCUUGUAUAGAUAGUGGUAUUAGAACUAACAUUUCAUCAAAUGGAGAAGUUAAUCCAAUCUGUUAAUAUUACCUGUCUAUCAUUUGAAAUAUAAUAUGCCAAAUACAAAACUACAUUAGACAGUGCUCAUUGAGAACCAUUAUUUUAUGCAAGAGCCGCUCAGUGGCCAAGACAGUCCAUUCAGUACAGGUACAAGGUAAAUAUUUAAAAAUAUUUUUUUUUGUUUGUUUUUUUUCCAACAUGUUAACAUGUAUAUAACAGACAAUGUGAAUAUGUAUUUGUUCAGAAUCAACAAAAUGUAGUGCUCCAAGUUUGUGGUAUUAACUACUCACUUCCAUUUUAUUUUUUUAUUUUUCAUUUUCAUGUAUAUGACUGUCUGACAUACAUAUGUAUGUGAUUAAUACUGUAUAUCUGGUGUUUAAGAUGGAAUCUGAAUAUGUCCUGAUUUGAUUUCUUCUUCUUUUUAGAUACCUGCAAGUUUUCCUGUGGGUGUUGGUCAGAUUGCUUUUUAUGCGAGAGAAUGGUUUAGCGACUGCUGAAUGUGAUUUUACUGAGAGAGAAGCAGCGUGGACUGGCUUUUGUAUGGGUUAAUUUAAAAAAGGCCAUAUUAUUUAAUUUCUCUGUUGUCAAAAGGUUUAAACAGAUCUGAGAAAGUGGAACCUUGGAUUCUGAGAAGCAUUGUUUUGGUAGUUUAGUAAGCUUUUAUUGAUUGCCUGGUGUAGUUUUUGCAUUUUGAGAAGUUAUGACCAAAGCUUCAAGAUGUUUCAUUCAUAUCACACACAAGGCUCAUGCAAUCGGACAAGAAAAAAAAUUUAGCGUUUGUUCUAAAUGGAAAUACAGUAGUCUAAUACAUUCAUACAAGCUCCUCCUUCACCAUACUACUCAAUUCUGGAAGUUUGUGCUUUGCAUGUUUUACAAUGCUUUUUUAACACCGAUACUGACAAGUGACCUAUCCGCUAUAUUUAUUUCAUGCAACUUUUAUUAUUUUACAUUUUCAGACGUAUGAGUUAAACAUUUCUCUCUUUUUCCAUAGCAAAGACAUAACCAGGCUUGUAGGGCCUAAAGCACUGUCACUGUUUACAGGAGGAGUGAACGUUACAACCGCUAGCUAUGCACCUUAAUGAAAAGGCAUUUCUUUCACAAUUUAGAUAUUCAAAACCACACUAUAGAAUCUGAGUAAAUGAUUUAAUCAAGGUAUUUUCAGUCAUUAGUUAAUUGAAGAGAAGAAACUCAUGAACUUACAUUUUAGUUUUUUUACUUCAACUAGCAUUCUUGAUAGUCGUCUGAUCUGUCAACUGAAUCUCAGAGAUUAAGGUUAUUCUAAAAACAGAAAUGUCUUUAGCUGAAUACUUUAUACCAAAUUUCAGGUGCCUCUUGUAUAUAUUUUCUGCAUAGAGGACGGCUCCUUGCUGUUUGAUGUUGUUAAUGAGGAUUUUCUUAUCUUUACCUUUAUAAAAACAAGUUUGGUGUAUUUUACAUGACUUUUUUACUAAAUAUCUAAAUAUUCCAGGAAAUUGCAAGAAAUACAAUCUAGUUUUGCACUUUAUAUCAGAACUAUUAAAAGGAACCAGGCCAUCUUGAAUACUACACAUGUUCAAAUCAGAUUACUAUUUCAUAAUUGCCAUGAAGAAAAAAAGACAUCCCCUGAAUGUAAUAAAGAGUAAAAUAAUAAUUUUACUUUUCUUUUAGUAAUCCUAGUAGUUUCUCAGGUUCAUUAAGAACUUGGAUCUAUAGCCCAUCAAUACGAUGACAAGAAGUGGACAUUAUCAACAGCUAAACAAUAGAGUUUAACAUUUGAUCCUCUCCUCUGCCACAGAUCCUCAAUCUAAACUAUGCUUAUCUUCUUCAGGUGAACCACCUCCCCUCUCCCGCCAACCACCCGCUAACACGCUAACAGUCAUACAUCCUGUCCUGCUGCAGCUUUAACUGUUCAAAACAUUCCUUAACUCUGCUCUCAGCUACCUAGCAUCGCUGUGCUAUGCUCUGCCUCUUCCUUCUAAACUUAGUCAUUGAAAAACCUGCUGAUCAGUAAUGGCCCAACUAAGUUUACUGCAACGUGACCCGUAAUUUGCCCCAUACUGCCUAAUAGAAAAAUAACAUCCUUAGAUCACUGAGAGUAGCGCACUCUACCAUAUAUAUAUAUAUGUAUUACCUCUUAACUGUUCAGAGUAUUGGCGCAACUGUCUGCUGAUGCUAAGUUUGUCAAGUAUUGUUAAGAGCUGCCUUAUGGAGACUGAAGGUGGUUGUGGUUGGAGAAGUCUAGAAAGCUUAUCUCACCACUUCUAAGGGCAAUGAUCUCUCAUUGAAACAAGGUUCCACUUUUUCCCCUGUAAAAUUAAUAUAAAUAAAUAUAAAUAUAUAUAUUAUACAUUUUACUAAUUUUGUCCAGUUUUGUUUAUUAUACUUCUGUAAACUUGUUUUUAGAGAGGAAUUGGAGCAGCUGUGUGGGAUAAUAUGAAUGAAGUAUCUGAGAGAAUUAUGCAUGCUUUUAUUUCUGUUUCCUGGUGGAAUACCUGGGAAUAAUCCUACAUUUUCUUAGGACGUCAUAGACAAUCAGUCUCAGGCUGGGUCCAGUACCUACAGGGGUCCCUGUAGGCUGAAAAACAAACUGUAUUUGCAUCUACUGAAACAGUCUUAUUUUUCUGUCCAUUUCUUGGAAGUAUGUGGCUGCUCAGACUGGGAUUAGUUCAGAGUUUACACACUUCUACACAUACACACACACAACACACCUUGUGCGUUCAGUCCCUCUGUUGCUUUUCCAAGGUGAAGAUGCUGACCUUGAAGGAAAUGAUGCUUUGACUAACAAAUUUAUAACAUCCAUGAAUGUGAGAAUGCAACACAUUGCAAUAAAAGCACCAUUUAAAAUGUU